GUGUGUGUGUGUGAGAGCGUGUGCAUAUGUGUGUGUGUGUGGCUAAAAUGUGCUUUUCAAUGUGCUGAGAGGUUGAUGGGAAUGUUUGAUUAGCUCCUCUGAGAAAAGAGAAAAGUUGCUUGGACCUCUCCUUGUUUCUUCUUUAGAAUAAUUUGGAUGGGAUUUGUGAUGCAGAAAAGCUUAAGGAGAAAAGGAUAUCCAUUCUGUGUGGUGGAAAAUUUUUGAAAAAAAUUUGCUCUCUUCAAACAAGGGUGCCAUUUUGAUAUUUACGGGGAUUGUUGUCCUCACUAUGAAGGCAUCUGUUAUUGAAAUGUUCCUUGUUUUGCUGGUGACUGGAAUACACUCAAAUAAGGACGUGACCAAGAAGAUAAAAAGGCCCAAGUUCACUGUGCCCCAGAUCAACUGCGAUGUCAAAGCUGGAAAGAUAAUCAAUCCUGAGUUCGUUGUAAAGUGUCCAGCAGGAUGCCAAGACCCCAAAUACCACGUUUAUGGCACAGACGUCUAUGCAUCCUACUCCAGCGUGUGCGGAGCUGCGAUUCACAGUGGCGUGCUGGAUAAUUCGGGAGGGAAAAUACUUGUUCGGAAAGUUGCUGGACAGUCCGGCUACAAGGGGAGUUACGCCAACGGGGUCCAGUCGCUGUCCCUGCCACGCUGGAGGGAGUCCUUCGUCGUGUCAGAAGGUAAGCCCCCAAAGGGUGUAACCUACCCAUCGGCUCUUACAUAUUCAUCACCGAAAAGCCCCGCUGCCAAGGCAGGCGAGCCCACAAAAGCCUAUCAGAAGCCACCAGUCCCAGGAACAACUGCACAGGCAGUCACCCCACUGCAGCUGACAGGAGCCACGGCCACGGAAGUCACCCUCACCAGCCUGCCAAAGCCGUCCCCGUCCACAGGUUCCACCACCAGCAGCCUCAGACCACAGCCCGUGGGCCACAGGAGCUGGGAGCUCGAUCUCUGGUCCACCGGCUCCUACGCGAGCGGCCACAACAGCCCCCACGCCAACCCAGGGGAAAUGGACCUGUGGCAACCUGGAUCGGUCCUUCUAGAUGCAGGAUUUGUUCCAAAGGAAGAAUUAAGUACACAGUCUUUGGAGCCAGUAUCCCAGGGAGAUCCAAACUGCAAAAUUGACUUGUCGUUUUUAAUUGAUGGGAGCUCAAGCAUUGGCAAACGCCGAUUCCGAAUCCAAAAGCAGUUCCUGGCUGAUGUUGCCCAAACUCUUGACAUUGGCCCUGGCGGUCCACUGAUGGGCGUUGUUCAGUAUGGAGACAACCCUGCUGCCCAAUUUAGCCUCAGGACUCACAUGAAUUCCCGGGAUCUGAAGACUGCCAUCGACAAAAUCACCCAGAGAGGAGGGCUUUCAAACGCAGGUCGGGCCAUCUCCUACGUGACCAAGAACUUCUUUUCCAAAGCGAAUGGGAACAGAGGCGGUGCUCCCAACGUGGCCGUGGUGAUUGUGGAUGGCUGGCCCACGGACAAGGUGGAGGAGGCUUCGAGGUUGGCAAGAGAGUCAGGAAUCAACAUUUUCUUCAUCACCGUCGAAGGUGCCACUGAAAAUGAGAAACAGUACGUGACAGAGCCCAACUUCUCGAAUAAGGCUGUGUGCAGAACGAACGGCUUCUACUCGCUCAACGUGCAGAGCUGGUUCAGCCUCCGCAAGACCGUGCAGCCGCUGCUGAAGCGCGUCUGUGACACCGACCGCCUGGCCUGCAGCAAGACCUGCUGGAACUCAGCCGACAUCGGCUUCGUCAUCGACGGCUCCAGCAGCGUGGGGACCGGCAACUUCCGCACGGUUCUCCAGUUCGUGGCCAACAUCAGCAAGGAGUUUGAGAUUUCGGAAACAGACACGCGAGUCGGGGCGGUGCAGUACACCUACGAGCAGCGGCUGGAGUUUGGAUUUGACGAUUACCACACCAAAUCCGACAUCCUCAACGCCAUCAAGAGGGUGGGCUACUGGAGUGGUGGGACCAGCACAGGGGCUGCCAUCAACUAUGCCCUGGAACAGCUCUUCAAGAAGUCCAAGCCCAACAAGAGGAAGUUAAUGAUCCUCAUCACGGAUGGGAGGUCCUAUGAUGACGUCCGAAUACCGGCCAUGGUUGCCCAUCACAAGGGAGUGACCACCUACGCGAUAGGUGUUGCAUGGGCUGCACAGGACGAGCUGGAAGUCAUCGCCACUCACCCGGCCAGCGACCACUCCUUCUUUGUAGAUGAGUUUGACAACCUGUACAAAUUUGUCCCCAAGGUCAUCCGGAAUAUUUGCACAGAGUUCAACUCACAGCCCCGGAACUGAGGUC